AAAAGAGAAAAAUGCUUAUAAAAAAGAGAUAAGCGUUAAACGAAUCAUUACAUGAAAUCAAUCUAUUUCUUGCUAACCUCAGACCAGUAAAUCUUAUAUCGAUUGUCUUUAUUCUGGUUGGAGACUAUGUAAAAAAAUGGAUAGUGGGUACACACAUGACGGGCUUUUUAAAACACUAUCUCUUUUUCCCUUCUUCUUUCUCUUCCCUUUCGCUUUCACUUCUUUAACAUGAAAAAAUCUAAAUCAACCCACAAUGACAAAUUACCUAAUAUUACAGACGAUGUAGAAAAAGCCAUCGAACAAUCACCCCUUUCUUCUCCCACCAGCACUUCAUCCAAAGAAUUUGUUGAAUUGAUUUCGAAUAAUGCAACCACACAAGCCAUAUUAAACUUAAAGAACAAUCCAUUUUUCCAUGACAAGCGAAAAUGGGAAGACUCUUUUUCGGUUGCUGAAAUCAAAGAAUUGGCAGGCAAUAUUGUGAAGGCAGCAAAGGAUAAUGAUGGUGAGACGUAUGUUACUCUCCAAGAGGAAGAAUACACCGUUCCAGCCUCGACACACGAAGAUGAGUCAAGCCAAGAAAGUGAUAAUAUAGAUUCUACCAACAAAAAGCCUGGGAGAAAACCUAUGCCAGACGAAGAAUCUUUUUCGGAUUUGGAUCAAGAUCCCAAAGUCAAGCGAAAAGCACAAAACCGUGCAGCUCAACGAGCGUUUCGAGAACGAAAAGAACGUUAUGUCAAGGAACUUGAAAUCAAAAUAAAACAAAUCCAAGACGCUCACCUUGUCACGACAACACAACUGGUACGAGAAAACCAACAGUUGCGAUCUGUCAUUUAUCGACUGGAAUCAGAAAAUUAUGCAUUAAAAGGCAUACCCUACCAGCCACCUCCCCCAUUACAAACGCCACCACCACCACCACAAUCUGGACCUUGUGGACAUUAUCCUAAUAUUGCACCACUAUUACCUCAAGAACCCUUGGCUCUUUCUUCUUAUUCAACUACGCCUUCAACUCCUUCUAUUUUACAUUCUAUUUCGCCUUCUCUUGGUUCUAUUUCACCCAGUAAACCUAUCUCAAAAAAAGUAUCGGUCAAACAAAAAUCACCCACACCUACACCACCGCCUCAACCUUUGGAAUAUACAUUCUCUAUUACCACACCUGCUUCUUUAAAGCUACAUACAGCAAUAACUACAUCGCCUAAACCCAAUCGAUCUGAACCUAUUGAGCCUGUACAACUGUAUCAUCCCAGUACUCGGCCUUCCAAACGACAGUCAACACCUACUUCUCCUUUAGCCAGUACAAAGCCAGACUCCCUCUCUUUAAACAAGAAUGACUCGGUCACGGUUGUUUCGUCUGCAAGUGCAAAGAAAUCAGGCAGUGUUUGCACACCCAUUCACUCGCCUAUAGCCCAACAACAGGAUGAUACCAACAGUGUUUUUAGUGACAAUACUACUUCUACCACUUGUACACAACAACAAAAGGGCAUGCAACAACUUAGUCUACACUUGUUUGAUUGCCAUAUUGACCCUGAGGGAAAGCAUUUCUGUGAAACAUUACAUGAACAAGUAUGCAACGAUGCUUUUUUUCGAUUAUUGUCUGAACCUUUAUUUGAUCAAAUGGGCAAGUUAAAUUUAAGCUUGAUUGGUUCACCUGUACCCAUUGUCACUGGUUCUAUGAAAUCUCUCGAAGACAAAGACACUACACAAGACAACACAAUAAUAGAGAAAUCUAAAGAUAAGGAAGACACACCAUAUCGAAAGCAUUUAUUGACUUGUCCUGAAAUUUGGUUUGCAUUAACACAACAUUCUAAGUUCUCAAAUUAUACAACAAAUCAAUUAUGUCAAGCUGUUAAAGAUGCAGCCAAAUGUUCUGAUACAGGGCCUGUGUUGGAAGAGACUGAUUUACAAAAAAUUAUGAUUAAAAUGGAUCAAGAUUGUUUAUAAAAUAAACUAAAAGAACACAAGAGCCUUAAGCUAAAAGAGACUUGAGUUGAUCUUCUUUAAGGCAUUUGUCUUGAGGCGGUUUUUAUGAAGCCCUAAAAAAUGAAGAUGAUUAGUUACCAUUCCUAAAUAGCUCUUUUCAAUAAAUCAGCCUGCAUAAAUCACCAUUAAUAGUAAUAUGGCUAAACUAACCAUAAAUGUCAAACACAGCAUUAAAUAAAACGG